AUGCAUCAAAUAGCUUAUGAGAGUGAUGUCAUAUGUUUUGAUCAACUUAGGAUGAAUAGGAAAGCAUUUAGCAAUUUAUGCAUAAUGCUUGAAACUAGGGGUGGGUUAAAAGCAUCUAAAUACUUGCAAGUGGCCAUGUUUUUACAUGUAAUUGCUCAUCAUGUGAAAAAUAGAGUCAUUAGAUUUCGAUUUAUGAGAUCUGGUGAGACUAUUAGCAAGUUUUUUCACAAUGUGUUACAUUCGAUCAUUCGACUACAUGGAGCGUUAUUGAAAAGACUUGAGCCGGUUGUUGAAAACUCAACAGAUGAAAGGUGGAAAUGGUUCAAGAAUUGCUUAGGGGCACUAGAUGGAACUCAUAUUAGAGUGAGAGUACCUAUGGCUGAUAAACCAAAAUAUCGUACUCGAAAAGGUGAAAUAGCUGCAAAUGUCUUAGAUGUAUGCUCCCAAGACAUGCAAUUCAUAUAUGUGUUACCUGGAUGGGAAGGCUCUGCAGCAGAUGGUAGAGUUUUACGUGAUGCCAUACGUAGAACAAAUGGUUUGUGUGUUCCAAAUGAUCAUUAUUACCUUGUAGAUGGUGGAUAUACUAAUUGUAAGGGAUUUCUUGCUCCAUAUCGAGGCCAAUGCUAUCACCUCAACCAUUGGGAAGAUGGGAAUCCUCCCAGAAAUCCACAAGAGUUUUUUAAUAUGAAGCACUCAUCUGCUAGGAAUGCCAUUGAGAGAUGUUUUGGUGCAAUUAAGAAUAGAUGGGCAAUUCUUAGGAGUCCAUCAUUCUAUCCAAUAAAGACUCAAAACCGAAUCAUUUUAGCAUGUUGUUUGCUUCACAAUUUUAUUAGGAGAUAA